AUGACUAUCAUAACUAUGUCCACUACUAACUUCCAUGGAACCUGUAUAAACAAGGUGUGUGCCAAGUUUAGGAAAAAAACCUUGGAACAUCGUGAGUUGAUGGAGACCAUCUUCAUGGGGACAUCAGCUACUGGUAAGCACCAUUGGAUCCCGGGAGAGAAACUUCCUAAAGCUGCUAAUGACUUAUCUGAUUCAGUGCAUAGUUUGGGAGCCCAUCCAUUUGCUGAUCCGAUACCCGUAGGAGUACAGGACGUGGAUUUAGAUUCUUCACUGGAGCAUGUUCCGAUUGAAAAGGGGAAAAGGAGAGAGACGCCAUCAAGCAGUGUUUCAAAGUCGAAGAAGGCAAUAAGUGGAGCGUUAGUUAUUGCGGAAAGCAUGAACAAUCUGACAGAUGUGGUGCGUACGAAGAAUUAG